AUGGCGUCGGAUAAUCAAUCGAGUAACCAGCCGCUGGUGGGCGUGAUUAUGGGAUCUGAUUCGGACUUGCCGGUGAUGAAAGCAUGCGCUGAAACAUUAAAAUCAUUUGAUGUCCCAUUCGAAAUAUCAGUAAUUUCGGCCCAUCGAACGUUUUCGCCCCUUACGUCUUUGCCAGUAAUUGGCGUACCUAUCAAAGGAAAGAGUUUGGAUGGUGUAGACUCGUUAUACAGUAUUGUCCAAAUGCCUCGCGGUAUACCUGUGGCCACCGUGGCUAUUGAUAAUUCUACGAAUGCAGGAUUAUUGGCAGUGCGUAUGCUGGGAGCGUUCGUCCCUGAAUACUAUACAAAGAUGGAAGCAUUCUUAAAGAAACAAGAGGAGGGCGUUCUUGCCAAGGUUGAUCGAUUGGAAAAGACUGGAUGGGAGAAUUAUUAA